AUGUCGCUCCGCCUCCGCCAGACAGUAGCUGGCCAGUCGAGUAUACACAGCAGAUAUGGCGUCGCUACGAUUGCCUUGGCGGACAAGGCUUUGAUCGUGUACCCCUCGGCCUCGAACGUAGUAUUGCUGAACCAUGAGCUGGAGCUCGUGCAAACCUUGCCUUUCUGGUCUGCGUUGCCAUAUCGGGCAGCCUCGUCUUCGAAGCAAGGUGUAGAAGGGGUAGUGACCAAUAAGCUGGCUGGACUGAUCAUCGCGUGGAGCGGGACGCAUGCUGUGCUAUGGCAGCAUAUUACUGCGAAGGGUAUCGGCAAGUGGGAGGUCCACUCCACACUGGUGCUCUCAGCGCAAAUCACUGCUGUGGACUACAAGGCUGGUAUGCUGGUCGUCGGCACUAGAAACGGCAUAGAGCUAUGGAAGCAUGAUCCCAAAGCUGCCAUUGUGGUUUGGAAUAGGUUAUGGGAGCGAAUGCUACCUUGUCCAGAGUCCGUCAUUGUCUCGCCCGCAUCGGGCCACAUCGCCUGCUUCUCUGCUGCCGAAAGAUGCGUCCGCGUCCUGACCAUCAAUGCGAAAGGGGAACUCUCGGGGAUGCCGCAGGAGAUGCGCCAUCCGCGUGAGCUGGAAUGGAUAGGCUGGCGGAAGCCUCGUUCAGUCGCAAGCGGCGACGCCCAUCUAUACACCAUCACCAAGAACUCCGUCCUUCGGAUAUACGCUCCGGUCCUGGACGAUCCCGCUUGGUUUCAGCUCCACUCAACUUUGGACGGGCGGGCAUUCACUUCGGUGCCCACCAGGGGGAAGGGCAAGGCGGUGGUUGCGGAGCCGACGGGGCGUAUAUGGCCUUUGGAGGCGGAUGUCCUGCGGGACGCUCUGGAACGAGCUUCGGAGGAGCGGGAGGGCGUAGCGGGGCUUAGCGCCGAAGUGAAGAAGACGGUGGAGGGGUUGUUGGCGGAAGAGGCGGAUGUGGUGCUGUGGGUCGGCGAUGAUGGGGUUACGGCUGUAAGGUCGAUCUUGAACAUGGAUCGUAAACCGCCGACACUGCUCAAGUCAGUUCCUCUGGCUCGGAUACAGUCGUCUAUUCGAGGUGGACCUCUUGACCGGUCCAUACCGCAUCUCCUGCUCGUUCCUUCAUCAUCUACCAUUUUCGCCAUCCCGCCGUCUACCUCAGAUUCCCCACAUGUCCAUCCACUAGCCUUGUCUCUACCCAUUCUCCUCAUGGGAGAUCCAAACGGAAUGUCCACACUCCCUUCGACUGCGCCAGACGAGACGCAAGCCGUACACCUCCAAUCCGAUAUUCGCUCUUUCGUCCGUACACCGAACGGCCGAGGACUGCUGGCCAUCUCGGAAUCAGGCGAGAUUGGCGUUUGGGCGAAACAUCAACGUGGCAGACCUAAGCGGGGAGUCAAGCAGGCCAAGACCCUGUUGGGUCGGGGCCAGUGGACUAGGGAUCCUGCGGCGCCAUCGGACCUCUGUGCGAUCUUCGCCAAGGGUCGAGCUAUCGUCGCGUACUCGCAUCCCCCCAGCGGAAGCGGUCAGAUCAGCUUACAGCACCUGGAUAUGGACGCAACUUCACCUACACCGUCGAUCCCACUCCCGGACUUCCACCUGCCCGAGGGCGAGGCGAUCAAGAUGAUCCUGGCGGUCUCAGACAUCGACGAUGGGAUGAGCGCAGCGGGGAGGCGGACGGAACGGGCCGUCAUCAUGGCGGCAAGUGGGGCGGGAGAAGCUUGGGCGUGGAGUGUCAUCUCGAGGCGGAUCUCGGCGGACGAAGCGGAUCCAAUGCCGGAAAUCAAGCUCCUGUCGCGUUACACCCUCCCGAUCGAGCCUGGAUCAAACGGAGAGCGGGGCCGACCGAGACUCAUCCUCCCUGUGGAUCCAAUGGGAUGGCAUCAGUCCACCGUGGAUUGGAAGAGCGACACGCCGCUCCAGGAUAUGGUCUUGACCAUCUCGGACGCCGGGGUCCUGGAGUUCUGGCGGCCGAGAUUGGCGAUGCUGCUGGGCGGGGCGAAAGAUGGGAAGAAGGAGGCGGCGUGGACGCGGACCGGAGUGGUUCAUACAGAUAUCACCGAUAUCUGUAUGGCGCGAUGUAGCUCCAGGAAGAAGACGGUGUUGGUCCGCGUCGGAAAGGGAGGGGAGCAGGAGAUCACUAUAUGGGAUUCGAAUGUCAGCGAGUUUUCCACAGGUCUGGAAUUGACCAAAGCAUAUGGGAAGGAGGAUGUCAUACAGGAUCUGGAUUGGACGACGACUUCCGAUCUUCAGUCUGUCCUCGCGGUCGGCUUUGCGCACAAGGUCGAACUGGUCUGCGAACAGCGAAUGAGCUAUGUCGACGAGGCCCCAGGGUGGGCCACCUUCAUCACCAUUGACCUGAACCAAUACACCUCAGUACCAAUCAACGACUCGAUCUGGCUCGCUGGCGGCUCUCUAGCCGUAGGCUGCGGGAGUCAGAUCUACCUCUUCAGUCGUUUCCUCAAUCGCGGGUCGCCCGUUCCCACGCCAAGAUCUUCGGCCCAAGAUAUCCGUUUACAAUCGCAAGAUCCGGAGGAUAUCUUCCAGCUCAUCGCCCAUCAAAAUGGGCCGUUAUUGGAUUAUCACCCCGUCAUACUCGCGCAGUGCCUCCUUUGGAACAAGCUGGAUCUGGUCAAGGAGAUCCUGCUCAAUUUCAGGCAGAGCUUGCGGAGCAGCGAGGAGGAGGGAUCGAAGCGACUCCUAUUCGAGCGGAUGGAGCCGAUGGCGUUCUCUAAGCGGUCGGCAGACUUGCCGAGAGGGGGGAAGAAGCUCGCUCCAAAGUACGAAUCUCUCUUCGACACCGCGCCGAAUCCGAUCGCGGAGGACGAGGGGUCCGACUUCAGUCAAGAGACCAUGUCCGACCUUAUCGAACGGCUCGAGAGCAAUACGAUUUACGUCCCUCUCUCAUCGAAUGAGAAGUCCAUGCUCGCGACGAUAGCGCAGGCGACCGUCGAGGGGGAGCGCCAGCGCCGCAGUCUCGACAUUUGCGGUCUGAGAUACCUCAUCUCGAUCCGGAUAUACGCCAAUCUUGAUCGACUCUCAGGUCGGAUGAGCGGCCCAGCCACGCCAGGGUCAAAUAGCAGUAAAAGACCACCAGCUCGGCUCUCAUUUCGCAACAUCGUCUGGGCAAGCCACAGCGAGAGUGACGAUGUCAUGCUAUCUGCGGCGACGGAGUGCUGUGAGGGCGGAAAGAUGGUGUGGGCGGACGCGAGGCGGUUGGGCGUGUUUCUCUGGCUCAAGUCUGCCGAGACUGCUAAAGCUCAGCUGGAAAUCAUGGCUCGAAAUCGGUUCAUGCAGGACGAAGACCGCGAUCCGACUUGCUGCUCCCUCGUCUUCUUCGCUCUCGGCAAGAAGAAGGUCAUUCACGGUCUAUGGCGGCAGGCGCCAGGGCACAAGGAGCAGAACCUUAUGCUGAAGUUCCUCAUGAAUGACUUUGAGGUGGAGAGGUGGAAGACCGCAGCGACAAAGAAUGCUUAUGCUCUGCUUAGCAGACAGCGGUAUGAAUAUGCCGCUGCCUUCUUUAUGCUCGCCGGAUCGCCCAAGGACGCCAUCAAUAUCGUUCUUCGCCAGCUGGACGACUGGCAGCUUGCCUUCGCGCUCGCUCGCGUGGUGGAGAACGGGACGGAAGGGCCGCUUGUCAAGUGGAUAUUGACGGAUACUGUCAUUCCAAUGGCGUUCGCGGGCGGGCAUCGGUGGUUGGCAACGUGGGCGUUCUGGACUUUGGGUCGGAGGGACUUGGCCGUUAGGGUCCUUAUCUCACCUAUGGCCGACGUCGCGCUGGACUGGGCAGCUGGAUCACCCAUGUUACCCGUUGGGAACUCGGAGAAUGAUGACCCGAGCCUACUUCUCCUCUUUCAGCACCUGAAGAGCAAGAGUCUGCAGACGGCAAAGGGGACGAGCGAAAUCAAGGGCAAGACGGAGUUUGAUUUCGUGCUUCACAACGCUAGGGUGUUCUGCCGAAUGGGUUGCCAUCCACUUGCUCUGGAUCUACUCCGCUCAUGGUCCUUCGACCGGCCAUUCUUCCCACCCACUCGCGCUCGGACACGCAGCAAACCCCUCACUUCCCCUGAUCCCCUCACCGACCCCAAACCUGUCCGACCCUCACUCGAGAGCCUGUCUCCAUCUUUCACCCGACAUCGUCGCCCGUCUUUCAUGCUGUCCUCUCAUGGCAGGCGGGAGAGCAUGGUCAUGGACAUGGACGUCAUGGCGGAGUCUGAGGCCCCGACGAGGACGGGCACGCCAGAAACCAAGCUCGGCGGGGUGUUUGAGGAUGGGACAUUGGCAGAGAGCGUGGCGGACAAGGAGAAUGAGAAGAAGGAGGAUGUACCGCUGGAGCCGCCCCGGAAGAUGGGGAACUUGAUGAAGGAGCUGAAGCAGGAUGUGCAGCAAGGAGGGAUGGAGUUCAAUAUGGACAACUUCUUCUAG